AUGCUUGCUAAACUCAAAGAAGAGUUUGGUGUCGAGACACUGCUGUCCGCACCCAGAGAUGUCCAUCUCAUCCUCCUCACAAGAACCCUUCGCAUGUUCGCCUACGGCUGCACAACAAUAAUCCUCGCUCUCCAUCUCUCACUCCUCAAAAACUCGGAUACCUUGAUUGGAGUCUUCAUGUCGCUGACUCUUGUGGGCGAUGUAUUUAUCUCUUUGCUGCUCACUUUUAUCGCCGAUUCGUUGGGCAGACGCAAGAUUAUUCUGCUGGGGUCGGUGACUAUGGCGCUUAGUGGUGUGGUCUUUGCAACCCAGACCAGCUUUGCGGUUUUGCUGAUUGCGGCCGUUGUGGGUGUUAUAUCGCCUAGUGGGAAUGAGAUUGGCCCGUUCCGUGCGGUGGAGGAGAGUACACUCGCACAUCUGGUGCCUGCUGCUCAGCGCAGUGAUGUGUUUGCUUGGUAUGUCGUUGUCGGCACUUUCGGCACCAGCAUGGGCGCGUUGGUAUCUGGAUGGCUGGUCACAAGCUUAGGUGCUGGAAACGAGAAAGCUCUCGGCAGCUACCAAGUCAUCUUUUGGCUGUACGCUUUACUGGGUUGUGUCAAGGCUGGCAUCACCUUCCUGCUCAGCGAUGCUUGCGAGCUCGAAACAGUGGCCCAGAAGCCCAGCGCAGAAAUCGGAAAUGCCGAAGAAGCAGAAACCUUUAUCCAACAACCUCAAUCAACCACACCCUCCAAACCAACCAGCAAAUUCGCAUUCACACAGAUCAGUCCUUCCUCUCGCAAAACCCUUGUCAAGCUUGCUGGUCUAUUCAGCAUUGACAGCUUGGCUUCCGGCAUGGCCUCCAUAUCUCUAAUCACCUACUUCCUAUCCGANAAAUUCGGCUCUCCGCCUUCCUCUCUGGGCACCAUUAUGGCAGUCGCCUCUUUGAUGUCAAGCAUCGGCAACAUCGCUGCCUCCAGUGUUUCCAAACGCAUCGGUUUCAUCUACACAAUGGUCUUCACACACCUGCCCUCCGCAGUUUUUCUGAUGAUGAUGCCAGCACCCCACUCUCUGGCUUUAACAGUUGUGUUUAUCGUUGUGAGAGCAACACUAGCUUCAAUGGACCAAGCCCCCAGAUCUGCGUUUUUGUCUGCUGUGGUGUUGCCUGCUGAACGUACUGCUGUUAUGGGAACGCUGAAUACUGUAAAGACGGCGGCGCAGAGUGCUGGACCUCUUUUCACUGGUGUGCUUGCUCAACACAAACAUUUCGGGUCUGCGUUUGUGGUGGCUGGUAUCCUGAAGGCUGGGUAUGAUUUGGGGUUGUUGCAUUGGUUUGCUGAGAGUAAGAUGAGAGGAGGAUCUGCUGAUGAGGCUAGAGAUCGGGCAAGACAGCAAGAGGAUGAGGAAGGUCAAGAGUUGAGAUGA